CCUGUCCUGGAGGUGGCGGGGACGUCCUUGGUGUUAGCUAUAUAAGCAGCAGCAGCCAACCUCACUCUAGGUCUCACAGUCUCACAGUUGUUUAACAUGAAGGUUUUGGUUGUUCUUGCCGCGGCGUGUUUCGCCUCCGCCUCCGCCGCCUACGGAGGGUACGCCGGUCCUCAAGCCUCCCCGGUGGUCAACCCCAACGGCUUCCUCGCCGACACACCCGAGGUGGCUGCUGCCAAGGCAGCGCACUUCUCCGAAGUAGCCAAGGUGUCGUCGCCGGGCUACGCCCCUGGACCGUACAACGGAGCUCCCGCCUACAACCCUACUCCCGCCUACAACCCUGCCCCAGCGUACAACCCCCAGUACAACCCUCAGUACAACCCUGCUCCCCAGUACAACCCCGCACCCGCCCCCGUCGCACCGUACUACGGCAACCCCUCUGUCACUCCCCAAGGCUUCCUAGCUGACACUCCCGAGAUUGCCGCCGCCAAGGCCGCUCACUUCGCUGAGAAGGCUAAGGUCGCCACAAAGGGACCUGAGGCUUACGACGACGGAUCUUACCGCCCCGAGUACGACAACCCCAACUACGGCGCCCCUGCUCCUGCCCCAGCCUACAACAGCUACCCCCAGGCUCCCAGCUCUUACCAAGGGUACAACCCCCAGCCCUACUCUGCCCCCGCUGCCCCCAGCCACCACGGCAGCCACUACGCCGGCCCCCUUGCCGCCCCCGUAGUCACUCCCCAGGGUUUCCUUGCCGAGACUCCUGAGGUUGCCGCUGCUAAGGCCGCUCACUUCGCAGAGUUCGCUAAGGCUGGAAGCCAUGCCCCUGCCGCCCCCUCCCACCACCACAGGUACCGCCGUAGCGCUGCCCUGGUCCACGCCCCAGUAGCUCCCUACACAUACAGCUACCCCUACUACACCUACCCCUACCUGCACGCCCCCAUCUCCAGAUUCUCCUACUCCGUGAGGACGUGGUGAGUGACGCGUCACAGUUAUGUCACGUAACGCACGACGUCACGCUGAGCCGUCAGAGUCAGAGCUUGAGACCCGCUGGACUUUCCCGGCCUUCUAGUCUUUCACGCGCCCACCACUUUUAGCAACAAAUCAAAAAACACCUUCAUAAAAAACAAUAAAGUAUUUAAAUUAUAGUA